AUGGCCAUGUUGGCCUCAAAGUCGCCUUACCAGGCGUCCCUCAGCUCCAACCAGUCGACACUUGUCCCCUCGAGCUCGACACAGUCUUCCUACCCGCCUCCGAGGAGAGCCGCAACGAUUCCCAUGACAAAUCAGUCCUUUGCAAGCCCCACUGAAUCCGAGUUCUCCGAGGGCGAUGGCCCCGACUCGGUCAAGUAUUGGGAUGAAGACAGGGUUUGCGACUACCUGAGGACCGUCAAGUGCGGUGACUAUGAGAACUUGUUCAGGAAGAAUCACAUCAAUGGCGAGAACCUCUUGGAAAUGGACAAGGAAGUCCUGAAAGAGAUGGGCAUCGACAAAGUCGGUGACAGAGUCCGUCUGUUCUUGGGCAUCAAAAAGUUGAGGACUCAGGCAUAUGCCAACCAAAAGAAGCGCAAUAGGGAUUCUUUCGGUGGUUUGGACCUUCAGCAAUACACGCCAUCAUCAUCGGGAUCCCCUCGUCCCCCAAACUCGGCGUCUCGGUCCCAGCCUACACCACUGCUGAACAAGAGAUACUCGAGGCAAUAUGACAUGGCAGUGCCCCUCGACGUUGCAAAGCCCUCUUCCAGGCCGACUUCUCCCCUUCCCGGCACAGAACACAAGCCAGCUCGUCAGGCUUACGCACAGGGGACGGUGGGUCAUGGCCUACCGGCCGGGCCUCGCCCGCCUACCUCCCCUCCUCAGGUGCGAUCCGGUCCGACAGCGCACCACAGAAACGGCUCCAGUGCCGACGGAUCCCUCAUGGCGGCAUUGCCUCACAACCAGGAUGUCAUUCGUGUUAUUUCCACCGGUGGUGUCACAAAGGUGGUUAAGAUCGCCGAUUGCAGAAAUUGUGCCGAAGUAAUGCGCUUGACGCUACGCAAGUUUGCGCUACGCGAAGACCACGAGAGGAAUUAUUGCUUCUGGAUACUGGUUGGCGUCGACGCCAACCCCAAGAUGUGUCGCCGUCUCGGCGAUACCGAGUUGUGGAAGAUUAUCAAGGAUGAAAAGAGGCCGGAGCGGAAUCGCCUCAUCCUCAGGAGGGUGCCGGCUGGCGAACCCGGCCGCGGCGAGCUUGAGCGGGCUGCAGCGAUUGCCAUGGAGGAAAACCAGCAGAACCACCACCGGGCACUCGGAAGCAUCAGCCAUACGAGCCAGGCCAAGGUGCAGAAGGUACUGGGCGAGAACUGGGACUCAAUUCAGCCUCCGCUGUCGCCCGUGACGUAUCAGGACCGAGAAAGAAAUGUUCAGAAUGCCGCACGGGAGUUGGAGAGGCCUGCCUCCAACGAUGCCAAGUCACCAAAUCCUAGGACUCGCAAGGUCCUGAGACAGUUUGGCGGGCUACGGCCUCCCAGUGAGCUCAUUGCAUCCGACCUUACAUCCUACUUCCCGGACCACGCCCGUGAAGACAUCGACCGCACCGCCCGGCUGUCCAUGAGGAGAUCCCAACGACUCAGCAAGUAUAAUAGUCGUCUCAGUGUUGCAAGCAACCUCAGCUUUGCCUCGAGCGUGCAAGAUGCGCCUCCGAUCCCUACCAUUGCCGACAGCUGGCUCAAUGCUAAUACCCAACUCGCCAAAGUUCAGCCACGGAGCAUACAUGGGCGGAUGACGCCCAUGUUUAGGGACUCUGUAUCUUCCUCUGUUCUUGACACCUUACAAGAGGAAUCGAGUCCUGUUGAGCCCAACAGGAAGUCGUAUGUGUCUUUUGCCGACAGCGGGUCUGACACGGCUGCCGUCAGCGUGACGGAUCCUGAGGGCAAUGUCGUCCGGCACAGCUACUUCGAUGGCGAAAGUAGUACUGGUGGCUCGGGCUCGAGCUCCCUCAGAGACGUCAACCAGGCCCUCAAUGACGACGGCGAGGAUGCCGACGAGGAGCUGCAGAGCUUCCUGUCGGGCGAGUCCUGGGACGACAACAAAUGGAUGAAGGGCGCCCUUAUCGGCCAAGGAUCCUUCGGCUGCGUGUACCUCGCGCUGCACGCUGUCACUGGCGAGCUUCUUGCUGUGAAGCAAGUCGAGUCUCCGUCUCCCGGCGCCAACUCGCAGAAUGACUCGCGCAAGAAGAGCAUGAUUGAGGCUCUCAAGCGCGAAAUCAGCUUGCUCCGAGACCUUCGACACCCCAACAUUGUGCAGUACCUUGGCUGCAGUUCCUCCUCGGACUUCCUAAAUAUUUUCCUUGAGUAUGUUCCAGGCGGAUCUGUCCAGACGAUGUUGAACUCAUACGGUGCCCUGCCUGAGCCGCUCGUGCGCAGCUUCGUGCGGCAGAUCCUCACGGGCUUGUCUUACUUGCAUGGCAAGGAGAUCAUCCACCGUGAUAUCAAGGGAGCCAACAUCCUGGUCGACAACAAGGGCACUAUCAAGAUCUCCGAUUUCGGUAUCUCCAAGAAGCUCGAGGCCACCAAUAUCCUCAGUGGCGCAAAUAACAACAAGCACCGGCCCUCGCUGCAGGGUUCCGUCUACUGGAUGGCGCCGGAGGUCGUCAAGCAGACUAGCUACACGCGCAAGGCGGAUAUCUGGUCCCUGGGAUGUCUAGUCGUCGAGAUGAUGACGGGGACACAUCCUUUCCCGGACUGCACACAAUUGCAGGCCAUCUUCAAAAUUGGCGGGUCAAAGGCCGCGCCGACGAUCCCUGAACACGCCAGCGAGGAAGCUCAGGACUUCCUCGCCCAGACAUUUGAGCUGGACCACAACAAGCGACCCAGCGCGGACGAGCUGAUGGUCCAUCCUUUCUUGACGCCCAUCACCUAA